CAAGGGCAUUUUCCCCAGCUCCAAAGUCCACCUCCGUUUUCUCCAUCCAUCCCCUUCGCUCCUUUCUCCUCUCUGUGUAGUCGACUCAUCCCCAAUUCCCCAAAGAGAAACCUUAAUUCUAAUUCUUCUUCUUCUUCUUCGAAUCGUCGACAUGGAUCGAGAGCCGGAGGAGCUCCAAUUCUUGGGUAUAGUGGGGAUCUGCCACGAGGCCUCCAAGAUCCUGCACUCAUGGCAGCGCCUCUUCGCCCAGAUCGCCCUCGCCCUGGUCCUCCCGCUCUCUGUCCUCUUCCUCGCCCACAUCUACGUCUCCCACCUCCUCUUCUCGAAGAUCGACCGCAGCGAGGUCGCCCUCGACGUCGCCACCCCGGGCUCCCCCUCGGAGUCCGCCAUCCUCUCCCGCCUCUCCGCCGAGUGGUCCGCCUUCCUCCUCUUCAAGGCCGCCUACCUCCUCGCCCUCCUCGUCCUCUCCCUCCUCUCCACCUCCGCCGUCGUCUACUCCGUCGCCUCCAUCUACACCGCCAAGGACCUCUCCUUCGCCAAGGUCCUCGCCGUCGUUCCCAAGGUCUGGCGCCGCCUCAUGAUCACCUUCCUCUGGGCCUUCCUCCUCCUCGUCGCCUAUAACACCGCCGCCCUCAUCCUCGCCGUUCUCGCCGUCCUCCUCCUCGGCCCCCACACCGCCGGGCUCGUCGCCAUCGCCCUCAUCGCCCUCGUCUACGCCGCCGGCCUCGUCUGGAUCAGCGUCGUCUGGCACGUCGCCAGCGUCGUCUCCGUCCUCGAGGACGCCUGCGGCAUCGAGGCCAUGCGCAAGAGCCGGGCCCUCAUCCGGGGCAAGACCUGGACGGCCGUCGCCAUUUUCGUCGUGCUCAACCUCUGCUUCGUGGGUGUGGAAGUGGGUUUCCGACUUGCGGUCGUCCGGGGGAAUUACUUGAAUCUCGGGGUGGGGUCCAGGGUCGGGUACUCGGUGCUGAUGCUCUCCUUCCUUUGUGCGGUGAUUCUGUUCGCGCUGGUGGCGCAGACGGUGGUGUAUUUCGUGUGCAAGUCGUACCAUCACGAGAGCAUCGAUAAAUCGAGCCUAGCGGACCAUCUGGAGGUCUAUUUGGGGGACUACAUGCCGCUCAAAGCCAGGGAUGUGCAGCUCGAGCAGUUCCACGUUUGAUGUUCUUCAUGAGACGGAUUCAAUAUUUUCUAAACAGCUCUUGCAUAAAUUACUUGUGAUGAUGAUAUUCGCACAUAGAUGAUGGAUGAUGCUAUAUGUAAACGAUGUAAUAAUCUCUUUGUAUGUGGUUUUUUUGGAAGAAGGAAACUUACAGGGCUUUACAGUUGGGUUCUGUGUCUAUUUUUCUUUCCUGUAUCUGUAAAUCCAGAAUGGAAAAACCUAUUCGGUUCCAUCAAUUAGAUGGAGAGAUCGAAGCUAUUUGUGGCUCUAUA